AUGGGUCUCUUCACUUACCUCACGCUUUGCCUUCUUGGAAUCUUCUUUUUGGGAGCUGACGCCGACACCUGUGCAAGGGAAUGGCUGCAAAACCAAGGGAACUGCUAUGCUUAUUUUGACAAUAAAUUAACGUGGCAAGAGGCUGAGAUUGAGUGCCAGAGCUAUGGCCGUGGAGCCCAUCUUGCCUCUGUCCUCACCAAGGCAGAGACUCUUCUAGUGGCUGAAUAUAUUUCCGCUUACCAACAAGAACCAAGCCAUGUCUGGAUUGGGCUCCAUGAUGUUCGUCAGACCAGGAGAUGGAGGUGGGCUGAUGAGUCAACUUACAACUACAAGUCCUGGAUGACCCACCAACCAGACAACUAUCUCAAUAGUGAACACUGCGUGGAACUGGUAUUUUCCACAGGUUUUACUCUAUGGAAUGAUGCUCGGUGCCAGAGACGCAAUGCCUACAUGUGCAAGCAUGAGCUCUAA